CUCCUCCCCCUCCACAUGCAGAGAGCAACAGGUCUAAUCCUGUCUGUGCACGGCUGCCUGUGGAUAACAAGGGCCUGAAACACUUAUCAUUUUAUUUGAUGCAUUGUUUCUAAAUUUCUGUAAACUUGAGCAAUGAUAUUUCGGACAGCAGUAGAGCAUGCUAAGAAGCACCCUGGCCUCAUCCCCCAGUUCUUCUUCAUCUGUUUGGGAAUGGGCGGUGCAUCUAUGUAUCUGAUCCGGUUGGCCAAAGGACCCCAUGUCACCUGGAACAAGACCAAUAACCCUGAACCAUGGAAUAAACUUGACCCCACAUACCAGUACAAGUUUGUGGCCAUUACCACCGACUACAAAAACCUGAAGAAAGAUGGACCUGAGUUUUGAUUCUCUCACUGACCUCCUUCUCUUUCAAACCAGAGUCGGAAAAAAACCAGAAAAUCCUGAUCUAGGGUCAGAUUCUCUCCCCCCUUGGCGUCUCACCGGUAAAUGUGACCAGGAAUUGUCAGUAAAAAAUCUCCUGAAGGAUAUUGAAUAUGUAGUGUUUCUACAUAAUUACACUCAUGCAGGAGAGAUAUGACACCCAUAUGCACAUACUCCCCACUUCACCAGACAAGUGGUAUUGCAUUUCUUAGCCAAUUUAAUACAAUUAAGGGAUACUGUACAACACAGAUAACUGUUUUGUUAACCAUGCUGCUGUGUUUUAGAAAUGUCAGUGGAUUAUUUUGAAUGUUUCAGGCAUCUAUUGGUUUCCUUUCACCUCUGUAAGAAAUGAAAAUGAAUUAUCUGUCUCCUAAAAGAUGCAGUGGAUUAUGCAAAUAAGCUUCAAAAGUCUGCUAAUUGUUUGGAGACUGCACCGAAAUAAAUUGAGAAAAACAGCUGCCUGGAACAGAGGGGGAAAAUACAUAUGAAAAAUGCAUGCAUCCAAAUGCAUGUGUGUUUUUUUUUUUAUCAACUGGCACAUGAUUGUUGGUUUAGCAGCCACUAAAUUCAACAGUUACUGUGUAAGUUAUGAUAUAAAAAGGCAGAGAUGCAUAAACUGGACUGGAUUCUUUCAAUAAACAAACUGUCAGUUUCA